AUGGCGGCGUCCGUGCGGCGCGUCGAGGACCGGCGGUCCAUGGCGCUGCACAAGCAGAAGAUCCACUCCAUGCAAAGCCAGAUCGACACGUCGCCGCCGGCGUCCAUGGCGCUCGCCCACAUGCGGCGGAACCUCAAACAAGAAAAGCUCGUCGAGGACCGGUGGCAGGAGAUCGAGCGGAGCAACCACAUCCUCGUGCGGCGCAUGCGCGAGAUCAUGUCCGGCGACGGCAAGUACCGGCCCCUCGUCGCCCCCGGGACGAAGAAGGGCGGCUACCGGCCCGCGUCGCUCAACUACCGCGUCCGGAUCCAGGCCGAGAACCGCGCGAUCAUCCGCCGUCUGUGCGCGUCGCGGUCCGCCUACGCCAAGGAGGACAUGCGCCCCUGCAACUUCCAGCCCCACUUCCUGCCCAAGCUGCCCCUGUCCAAGCUCGGGGCCAUCGACAGCCGGUCCGCGCUUUCGAGGAUGUCCGUCGUCACGGAGGCGGGCGGCUCCGCGGGCAACGGCGCGAGCCUCGGGAGCCUGUCCGCGCGGGCGCCGGACCGCGACCGGGCGGCGAUCCUGUCGCGGCCCGUGCCCCUGAGCGGCCGCGAGCCCGCGCCCGCGCCGCGCGCGUCGCAGGCGGCGGGCCCGCGGCUCCUGAGCUUCGUGCCCAAGGUCGCCGCGGCGGGCGCGUUCGCGCGCGGCGCGCGGCCCGGCGAGGCCGCGGUCCUCGUGCGCGAGGCGCUCAAGGUCCAGGACAAGUACAUCGUCGCGUCAUUGAAGCAGACGGAGGAUUUCGAGCUCCGGGACGCGUGGACCGUGGAAUUCUACGUGCCCGAGGACGCCGUGACGAUAUCCGCGGCCGUCACCGUCGAAGAGGCGUCGGACUGGCUGGAAGUCUUACGCGAGGACCUCGUCGCCCACCGGUCCCUGCGGCCCCGCGACGAGGCGGCCUUCGAGGCGCGGCGCGCGGAGCUGCUGUCGACGCUCGUCAAGUGCUACGAGACGCGGCGCGACGCGUCCGGCGCCAUCGCCGCCAUCGUGCUGGCCCGCCCCGUCGCCGCCGUGCGCGGCGCGCUGGCCAAGGCCGCGGCGCGCGGCGCGCUCGCGGACCUCGCGGCGACGGUCGCGUCGCGCGUCGUCGACGACGUCGUCCGCGGCUCCGCGCGCGCGCUCUUCGAGGCCAAGGCGGCCUACGUGCCCACGGUGACGCUGGCCGACUCGACGGCGACGAAGCUCCAGCUGGCGCUGCGCGCCCAGUGCGUCGGGACGACGCCCGGCGAGUUCCUGCGGCGCUACGACCGCGACGGGUCGGGCGUGCUCGACGUGCCGACGAUCGCCAAAAUCGUCCGCCGCGACUGCAAGAUCUCCGCCGUCGUCGUGUCGGACAUGGAGAUCUCGCUCUUCGCCGCGCUCAUGGACGAGCACAAGAGCGGCACGGUGGCCGUGUCCGAACUGAGCGACUUCGUCGAGAACGGCCUCUACGGCACGAUGCUCGCGUCGGACAAGCCGAGGCAGAAGACGAUCGUCAUGAAGGGCGCGGGCUUCCAGCGCGUCACCCACGGCGACGAGGGGUCGACGGCGGAGCCGCCGCUCCGGGCGCCCGUCGUGCCCGCGCCGCCCGAGGGCGCGCGGAGCUCGCUCGCCCGGGGCCGGCCCGCCGCGGGACGCAGGCUCAAGAAGAAGGGCGCGCCCGGGUCGCCCCGCGACGACGCCAGCGCCGCCACGGAGAAGACGGCCGGCGCCUACAGCCGCGCCUCGGCCAAGUUCGGCAAGCCCGCGCGGACCAGCCGCGCGGGGCCGCCGCCGAAGCACCACCUCGACGAGCCGACGCUGAAACGCGUCCGCGGGCGGCUCAAGCAGGCCUGCAACGGCGUGGGGCCCCUGGAGUUCCUCCAGCGCUUCGACGCCGGCCGCGGCGCGCUGUCCGCGGGCGAGUUCAAGGCGCUCCUGCGCCGGGACCUGAAGAUCUCCUUCGCGGAUCUGGGGGAAGACGACGCGACGUCGCUCGCCGCGCUCCUCGACCCGGACAAGACGGGGUUUCUCGCGGUGCCGGGCGUGGCGCACUUCAUCCAGGCGGGCGCGCUGCCGGCGCCGCUCCUCGACGGGCCCCUCGACGACGUCUCCGCGCUGACGGCCGAUACCGCCUUGCCGAAGCCGAGGGCCUCCGUCAAGAAGAAGCCCGCGCCCCCGAACGGGGCGCGAAAUGCCGCCAAGGGCGGCGCCGCGGGCUCGCCGGCGCGCAAGGUCCGCACGCCCGCGCCGGACCUGAGCGCGUGGGCGCUCCGCGGCCGCGCGUCGCGGAAGGUCGCGACGGCCGACGGCGACGUCCACUACCUGCUCACGCUCCGCAUCCACCCGCAGGCCAAGCGCGCCGUCGUCGUCGCCGUCAACGCGUCCACGGACGAGACCAUGUCCGUCGAGCUCGGCCGCAAGGCCCUCGGCGAGCUGCAGGUCAGGAAGAGCUCGUCGCCGGCCUUGACGUCCCUCGUCGCGACCGCGAAGACGCGCGGCGCGGCGAUGCCCGUGCCCAGGCCCGUGCGCGCCUGCACGAGCGCCGCGUUCGUGCCCGGCACGAUGGCGUCGAUCCAGGCGCUCAUCGCCGCCGACGACGACUACUACAGCCUCAAGCGGCGGCCGCCGCCGUCGCCGACCCGCGCGGACCUGCGCUCCGUCGCGCGGCUCGCGGCGGCCGACCGCUUCUCGGACAGCGACGGCAGCGCGUCGUCGGACAGCGACGACGACGGCGCCGCGCCGCUGUCGCCGGGCGCGGCCGUCGCGCUCGGCCGCGCGCUGCUCGUCGCCUUCGCGGCGGCCGUCGCCCUGCGGUCCCUCUACGCGCUGCCGCUCUGCGCGGCGCUGAUCCUCGCCGACGACAAGCUGCGCGACGCCGUCGUCGGCGAGUCCGCGGCGCGGCGGCGGUGCUCCGAGUUCGCGGCGUCGCUCCUGAGCCGGCGGCGGUGGCGGCGGCGCGUCGCGCGCUGGCGCCGGCGCCCGAGCGCGCCGCGCGCGGCGCCCGCCGCGGCCGAAAGCGGCGGCGACGACGGCGGCGACGACACGGACGCGUCGUUCGCCGAGCUCGGCGACACGUCGUCGCGGUCGUCGGCCGACGGCGCCGCGGCGGCGCCGCGCCGCCCGCGGCGGCCGCGGCGGCCCGGCGGCGGGAGGCCGCGGCGGAAGCGCGCGGGCGUGAAGCCCCGCGGCUUCACGGGCGCCUGGGAGAAGGACAAGGCCCGGUCCGAUUCGCCGCUCGACCAGAUGAAGGCGCUCGGCGUGCCCUGGGCCGCGCGCGUGGCCAUCGCCAAGUCCAAGAACGCGAAGAAGAUCGCCCACGAGGGCCGCGCCUGGGUCGAGGCGACGACGACGGCCGUCGUGACGAAGACGCAGACGCUCUGCCUCGACGGCUCGGAGCAGAAGGACACGAACCCCGUGGACCGGUCCGUCGUGUCCAUCUGGUCCGCCGUGGGCGGCCGGCCCGCCGCGGCGCCGCCGCGGCCCCGCGGCGACGACGACCCGGCGCCCGAGGACGGGGCGUCGCCGCGGCUCCCGCCCGCGCCGGCCGUCGUCACGGUGAUGCACUACCAGAAGACGGGCAACGUGUCGACGAUCACGCGGACGCUCGAGGACGGCGGCGACACGUACCACGUCGUCAACGAGCUCUGCCUCAAGCACCCGCCGGACGUCAUCACCAUCCACACGUACUUCACGCGCGUCGACGACGACGACUAA